UUCCUUUCUGUCCCUCUUUCUGCCUCUUUUUUAAAUCUCUUUCCCUCUCCCUGUGUGCAUAAAUCUCGUUAAUUAGGGAUUGGCACUUUUUUCCAUCACUCACUAUCCCAUUGAUUUUAGUGUCCUCUGCUGCUCAGAGUUUAUCCCUCGUUUUCACUUAGCUUUAAUUUUCCUGUCAGUUUCCUUCCAGACAAACUUCUACUCUGUAUUGUUACACUUUUGUAAGCAUUUUUCAUUCUCUCUUUAUCUACCCCUACCUAGUUUUCCCUUUCUCCCUUCUUCCCCGCCUCCUCUUGUUCCUCUCUCACUCCACCCCUCUGCUCUGCAGUAAAACUGGUGCAUUGUGGUAGCAGAGAGAGAGGGCCAGUGACAAUGGAAUGGAGAGAAAAGGUGGAGAAACCGACACAUGCAAAAGAAAGCUCUGCUGCUCCAGUUUAGUUAAUUAGUAUACCCAUUAGCUAUUGCACAUGAAAUACUCUCCCUUGUUAUACCCAGUGAUGAAGUGGGAGAGCAUUAAACUGUCAUUGUCAGAUAUAAGUGGUGUGGUUUUACAUUAUAUACAGUACAUUUCCAUCUCAGUUGACAUUGUCUAAGAACCAUGGGACUAAAACAUAGCAUUUCAUCCGCUGUGCAACCCAAAUGGAAUACUGGAAUAUCUAUAUCACAGUGAGAAGCUUUAUGACAUCAUACUGCACAUGGAUAUUUAACAUCACAACAUUCCAGUCAGUUUUAAAACCACAACCAAACGUUCACCCAUAACGGCACAUCAUCCUGAAGAUGUGGAAAGGGGUUUUGUGGGUUCUGUAUGCUAGCACAAUGUUCACGUCGUCUUCUAGCUGCUAUCAGUGCUACGUGGAGGUUGGAGACAGUAUGCGCCUGUGCUGGGGACACAUCCUCACAGAGUACAACAUUAGAAAUGUAGACUCAUGCUUUAAAAAACUACAGAAGAUAUUUGACAAUGAGCCAAAAGUGAUUGAGGCUGGGCGAGUUGGGAAAGGCUAUGACCAGAAGUUGAAGGAGAUCCUAAAUGCUGAGAUCAUGCCAAUCGUUGAGGAGUUUGACAAAAACCAGAAUAAUGACACAGUAUAUGACGAGAGGUUACAAACAGCUGCAGACAAUUUCAUUGCGGCUGCCUCCAAACUGCCUAGAGCUUCUGGAUGUUUCCCUCCAUGUGGCUUUCAAGCAUCUGGCUAUGUCUACAACUGCAUCACUUGCCAGUAUGAUUCCUGUGAGUUCCCACUGGACUGUCCAGUCAAGGAACUCACAGUCAUAGAGAACAACCGGACACGGAUGAGGUGUGACGUUCCCUUUCCUCUGCCUUAUGAGAUUGAGGUGGUCUGGAGGUUUGCAGAAGAGAUCAAGACCCAGCAGAUGGAUCAGUUUGAGGAGGUGACCUCAGGGACAGACAGGAUGUACUCUAUCCCCUCAGCUGGUCUGCAGCACCAAGGUACAUACCAGUGUGAGAUCUACUCAGACCGGCGCUCCUUGGUCAGACUCUACUACUACCUCAGAGUCAUCCCUCAGGUGGUGGGGGGCCAUAUUGAGCUACAGGAGAUAUUUGACCUGUCUCUGCUUCCAGGGGGAAGGAUUAUCCCCAAGCCUGCUGGAAUGUCCCUCGCGCUCCUCCGCCUCCCCUCUCCUCCUCUCCUCACUGCCUGUCUGACCUCCCUGCUGAUGCUACUCUUCAUUUCUCUUGGAUUUCUUUACUGGUGGUCAAUAAAUAAAGAGAUGAGGGAUGUGGAGCUAGCUGAAGAAGAGCAAGAUUCUAGGUGCACAGUGAGGGAGAUAUAUCUACUGCAAUAAAAACAGUCUGAUUAUGCUCAUCCUUUCCCUUCUCUGUGAUGAUAUUGGAAGCAAUUGGUCUUUUACUGCUAUCACCACUAGAUGGCAAUACAUGUAUGUUUAACGCCAUGCUUUGCUAGUUGUAUGAUUUAAAGUGUAUGCACAGAAAAACAACAUUCGAACUAAGGCAGGUGUAAUUAAUAUCCCCAAAGUAUGAAAAAUGUAUAUCAUUACUGUGUCUUUAGAGCCAUAUCUGAAAAUCCAAUCACAUUACUUGAGUAGGAAUCACUGAGUUUUGAUUUUGGAUGUCAGGAUGUCUCAUUUUAAUACAUCCAAUGAUAUGCAUUUAAUACAGUUAGGUCCAGAAAUAUUUGGAGGCUAACACAAGUUUUUAAAUUUUGGCUCUGUAAGC